CGCUUGGCCCGUUACUUCCGUAACCAGCAACAUCUCAACGGGUCGAGCCUUCCUCCUCCGCACUUUGACCCAAAUUUUCACCCCAUGCCGCACCAGCUGCCACAUCUCUCUCAGCUGUCACACAGCACAGGGCAUCCUUCCUCCGCCCAGAGUCGGCCAUUUAACUCGCCUGUGGAUGAAAACCGGGGAAGUCGCUCGCAGCAACAAGAGCAACAGCACGAACUGAACGCGACCGUCGAGGCUUGGAUCGACCAUGUCAUCAAGGCCGGCGGCCAGACCAUUAUCAUGCCUGACGGACCCGAUUCGUUGCCGACCGCAGAGCUAGUUGUCACGCCGCGGCAGUCAAACAAGCGACAGCGCCAAGCUAGCAUAGACUUCCGCAACGAUGACCUAGAUGAUCUAGAGACGACGCCGCGUCCUCUACAGUUUUGUCGAGAUCAGACCCUAAGCGAUGUCCAAUCCACCAGUACCGCCGAUACCAAUGGCACAUCGCGAUCGGGAAGAAGUAGCCCUCGUAAGAAAGAGGUCGCACUUCGCCGCACCCUCGACUGGCCUAUCGCCCGCGUCAACAUUACCGAACUUAAGUCGAUCCCUGCUAUGUUGGAAAGCCUGGCUCUCGAUCUGAAGAAGAUCGCUGAUGGCAGGCAAUCUCUGAUCCCCGACAUUUUUCGGGAAUCCAUGAGCGCCGACGCAGGCAUUUUCGACCAGCCGCACCCCGACUGGUUCUACACUGCGAGAGACGGACUAGAAGAGCUGAGGGCAGUACAUCGUCAGAUGCGGAGGAUUUGUCGGAACAGUCGGAAGUGCAAGGAUAAGAUGGAAUACACGCCCGCUUGGAACGAUCUGGUACAUUGCCGUGUCCUAGAGGAAGCUCUCGAGGGCCAAGAUGCUGUAGACUUCCGGAACAUCACGCUCUGCCACACGCUCAAGGCAUUUCACGACGACGACCCUGCGUUAAGGGAGAACAAGGCGGACUACGGCAUCUUCCUCCAGCCUGCACGAGGAGGGGACGGGCUCUCCGAGCGCCUCUCGGACCUCGCAAGCGAGGGCCAAGCCGAUCGAGGGUUCCGUGCAACUCGCCAACUGGGUGCGCGCCCACUUCCGACAGCUUGCUAGGGUCAUCGAGCGCCUCGGCCACGACCCGGGCUACCAACUACCCAUCCUCCCCAUCAUCUACGUCUACGGCAAUAUGUGGCGAGUGGACUUUGCGCAUCGCUGGGAUGGAAAGACCAUGAUAUAUGAGGGGAU